CCUUCCUCCUGUCUUUCCCUCCUUUCCUCCUGUCUUUCAGCCCCGAGCGCUCCGGCGGGACCGCGCCGGCGACAUGGGUGCAAAAACUGAUGGCAAGAAGUCACUUGCCUCCAGAUGCUCUGCCUUCCCUGUGAGCGUCUUCUUCAUCAUCAUCAAUGAGUUCUGCGAGCGGUUCUCCUACUAUGGCAUGAAAGCUGUGCUCACUUUGUAUUUAAUAUAUUUCCUACGCUGGGAUGAAAAUGUUGCCACUGUCGUCUACCACUCCUUUGCUGCUUUGUGUUACUUGACUCCACUCCUUGGGGCAAUCAUUGCGGACUCCUGGCUGGGAAAAUUUAAGACCAUUCUCUACCUGUCCAUAGUCUAUACAGCUGGGCAGGCAAUCUUGUCUGUGGGCUCYGUAAGUGAGCUGACGGAUCACAACCGGGAUGGCCUUCCUGAUAAUUCAGCACUGCACAUUGCUCUGUCCAUGGUUGGCUUGGUCCUUAUUGCCAUUGGUACUGGUGGGAUCAAACCUUGUGUGUCAGCAUUUGGUGGAGAUCAGUUUGAAGAUGAUCAGGAAGAGCAGAGAAGUACCUUCUUCUCUCUCUUUUAUGUGGCCAUUAAUUCUGGAAGUUUCCUAUCUACUAUAAUCACCCCAAAUCUCAGAGCUUCGGAGUGUGGCAUUCAUGCAAAACAGCGAUGUUACCCACUAGCUUUUGGCGUUCCUGCUAUCCUCAUGGCUGUUGCCUUGGUUGUGUUCAUAAUCGGAAGCAAAAUGUACAAGAAAGUUAAACCGCAAGGAAAUGUAUUGCUUCAAGUUUGCAAAUGCGUUGGAUUUGCCAUCAAAAACAGGUUUCGGCAUCGCAGCAAGGAGUUUCCUAAGAGAGAGCACUGGCUGGACUGGGCAAGUGAGAAGUAUGAUAAACGACUGAUUGCUCAGACUAAGAUGGUGCUGAAGGUGCUUUUCCUUUACAUCCCUCUCCCCAUGUUCUGGGCGCUUUUUGACCAGCAGGGGUCAAGAUGGACAUUGCAAGCCACAGCAAUGAAUGGGGAUUUUGGUAUUUCAAUUCUACCAGACCAAAUGCAGAUUGUGAAUCCAGUCCUGAUUAUUAUAAUGGUCCCAGUUGUAGAUUAUGUGGUAUAUCCUUUAGUCAAGAAAUGCAAGAUCAAUUUUACGCCCCUGAAGAAGAUGACUGUGGGGAUGUUCUUUGCCUCUAUGGCUUUUGUUGCUGCUGCCCUUGUGCAAGUGCAAAUAGAUAAAACCUAUCCAGUUUUCCCUGCAGCUGGGCAAGCUCAAAUCAGAGUAAUAAAUCUAGGUCUUGUUCAAGGAGAAGUUCACUUCCAGCCUCAACUUCACACUGUGGAGCUACUCCGUAAUGAGGAGACUGGCUACAUGACAUUUGAAACUUCUAAGCUGRAAUCUAUAGACAUAAUUUCUCCACUGGCAGAAACAUCUCUGCCUUUGAAUCUGACAGCGAAGGAACGUUACACUUUGAUAUUUGAAUGGAAAGUAUCAUACAUAGAGACUCAYCUGAUAUUGGACAAUGUUACAUCAAAACCAAAAGAAGGAAACAAUCUCGUAAGGUUCAUAAACAAUUUAGGUUAUACUGUCAAUGUUACUAUGGAUGGCAUGGACUUUGGAGUACUGCCUCAUCUUUCUGUCAGUAAUUACAGCAUCGUUACAGCAACAAAAGUGCCAUAUAUCAUUCAGGCUUCACAGACUGGGUCUGUAUCCUUUUGUACAGGUCUUUCAAAGAAAUUUGGAUUUGGCAGUGCCUACACCAUUUCACUUGAUAAGUGUAACUCCACACUUGACACAGUAUACUUUGAAGAUGUUGCACCAAAUACAGUCCAUAUGGCUUGGCAGAUCCCUCAGUAUUUUCUUCUUACAUGUGGAGAAGUAAUGUUCUCUGUCACUGGGGUAGAGUUUUCAUAUUCACAGGCCCCCUCUAAUAUGAAGUCAGUGCUGCAGGCAGGAUGGCUGCUGACUGUGGCUAUUGGUAAYAUAAUCGUCCUGAUCGUGGCUGGGGCAUCCCAACUCAGCAAGCAGUGGGCAGAAUAUGUGCUGUUUGCUUCCUUGCUGUUGGUAGUUUGCGUCAUUUUUGCUAUCAUGGCUUAUUUUUAUACCUAUAUUGAUCCAAAUGAGAUUGAAGCCCAAUUCAGUACGGAAGAAAAGGAAGAAGACAAGAAGGAUCAAGAUGACGAUGAAAAGGAAGAUGAUUCUCGAAUGUAAAAGCUGUAUUCAAGGAGAGUUUAUAAAUUAUGGAAAUCCCAUUCACUCUCCCUGCAGUAAGAGGAACUGGGCUAUCACUAAUAACACCUCUGGACUAUACAUUUKGUGGGAGACAGUAAGAAAAACUGUUUUAACUUGAAGUGCUUCUCUAGGGAAGCAAUAGGAAAAUAAUGGUCUCUCUUGUACUGAAUGUGGUAUCCUGAAGAAACUCCAGCAGAAUUUGCACUCUUAAUGUACCUCAAUCUUAAAUAUUAUACCAUUAGAAUAUUGRAAUUAGAACUAUUGGAACUUGGAACUAUUUGACCCUGUGAAAAGAUGUAUUUUUAUAUUGCAUUUCAAUUUUAUAYCAUGAAAGAAACAAGACUUGUCAAGGAACAGCAAUUGAAGCCAAGUUCUCGGCAUGAUCUCUCUAGCAUCACUGUUACUUGAAAGCAGCAGGUCAUAUGUGCCUUAAAUUCUUUUGUACCUCCUUCCAGAUGCUGGGAACAAAGCUCUGGCAGUGAUCAGAUUAACAUGUUGUCUGUAUUCCAAGUGGCAGUAACUUGGACGUGCACUGUAAUGUAAUGCUUUAUCUGCCUGUUAACUACCCAUUUAACCCCUGUUAUGUCUUUAAUUAAUAUUAGAAAUGCCCACUCAGGUGAACUGAUCACGGAAAUGACCUUUGGAAUAAGCAAGAGCAAUAAAACUUGUGUUAUAACAAAAUAAGGAGAGUGUCUUAAGAGUAUGGCUUAYAGCUGCAUGGUAACAAAACUUGCUACCAGCUCUUUGCCACUUUUAUCUACAUGCUCCAUCACUUAAAGCUAAUGGAUUACUGUUGGUCUUCUUUGUAUUAAUAUAUCAUAACAAUUCUAUGCUAGAAGAGACUAAAUUUUGCUGCCUAACAGGACCUGCUGCUGUAUUCCUGUGGUCYGUUUUACAGAGUGCCAGUAGUCUGCAUGUUGUUUUGGUAAUUCUUGUUUUUUAAGGUCUCCAUCCUACACUUUUUCCWGCAGCUUGGACUCACUGGCCCUCCAGUAACCUGGCCAGACUUUCAGCUGCUUUGAUACCUGUCUUCCAAUACUCUUGCA